GCCGGAGCUUUGCUUGGCCUCCCUCCAGCCUCUUCUUUCUCUCGCCGUCGCAACGCGGGGGACUGAAAAUGUGUCAACAAUAAUGCUAGGAUUACAAUGGGAAGUGUCACACUUCGCUAUUUCUGCUAUGGCUGCCUCUUCACAUCUGUGACCUGGACGCUUCUGCUCUUUAUUUAUUUCAAUUUUAGCGAAGAGACACAGUCCUUCAAGAAUGUGCCCAUCAAGGGGCUUGAACCUCAGAAGCCAUUUCCCAAAAGAUUCUAUCCUCGUUUUGUCCAUGGACCAGUACAUGUGCCUGAACCUCAGCACCGUUACGGCAGGAUCAAGAAUCCAUUGGAAAAUGCAGUACAAGAUCCUGUCAAGGGCAUCACUGAGCUCUCUCCUGAAAUGGGUAUGAUUUUUAAUGAACAAGACCAGGAAGUGAGAGACUUGGGCUAUCAAAAGCAUGCUUUCAAUAUGCUAAUCAGUAACCGUUUGGGAUAUCAUAGAGAUGUGCCAGACACAAGGGAUGCAAAGUGUAAAGAAAAAAAUUACCCUCCUGAUUUGCCUUCUGCUAGUGUUAUAGUUUGCUUUUAUAAUGAAGCUUUCUCUGCCCUGCUUCGAACAGUACAUAGUGUUCUGGACCGUACACCCUCACAUCUUCUCCAUGAAAUUAUCUUGGUGGAUGACAGUAGUGAAUUAGCUGACCUGAAAGAAGAACUAGAUGUUUACCUAACAAAAAACCUUCCAAACAAUGUAAAACUUGUCAGAAAUGGGAAGCGAGAAGGGCUCAUUAGAGGGAGAAUGAUAGGAGCUUCUCAUGCUACAGGGAAGGUGCUUGUAUUUCUGGACAGUCAUUGUGAGGUGAAUGAGCUGUGGCUGCAACCGUUGCUGACACCCAUCCAAGAAUCGCGUAAAACAGUGGUUUGCCCUGUCAUCGAUAUAAUCAGUGCUGAUACUCUUACCUACAGCUCUUCCCCAGUUGUCCGUGGAGGGUUCAACUGGGGCCUGCACUUUAAAUGGGAUCUUGUUCCUUUAUCAGAACUGGAAGGCCCAGAAGGAGCUACUGCUCCAAUCAAGUCACCUACCAUGGCAGGAGGUUUAUUUGCUAUGGACAGAGAAUACUUCAAUGAACUUGGGCAAUAUGAUAGUGGCAUGGACAUCUGGGGUGGGGAAAACCUGGAAAUAUCAUUUCGGAUCUGGAUGUGUGGGGGAAAACUUCUCAUCAUUCCUUGCUCCAGAGUCGGACACAUCUUUCGUAAAAGGCGACCUUAUGGCUCACCAGGCGGACAGGACACCAUGGCGCACAACUCUCUACGGCUAGCACAUGUCUGGAUGGAUGAAUAUAAGGAGCAAUAUUUUGCCCUACGACCAGAACUGAGAAUGAGGAACUAUGGAAAUAUUACUGACCGUGUGGAACUGAGAAAGAAGUUGAACUGCAAAUCCUUUAAGUGGUACCUGGACAAUAUAUACCCAGAGAUGCAAAUUUCUGGGCCAAAUGCCAAAGUUCAGCCACCAAUCUUUUUCAACAAAGGGCAAAAACGACCCAAAACACUCCAGCGUGGAAGAUUACGUCAUCUUCAGACAGAUAAAUGUCUGGUUGCUCAAGGCCAUCCAAGUCAGAAAGGAGGACUUGUUGUGGUCAGAGAGUGUAACUACAGCGAUCAAAAUCAGGUAUGGCUUUACAAUGAAGAUCAUGAGCUAAUCCUAAACAGUCUCCUGUGUUUGGAUGUAUCUGAAACCCGCACCUCUGAUCCACCGCGCCUUAUGAAAUGCCAUGGCUCAGGAGGAUCUCAGCAGUGGGUGCUGGGGAAAAACAACCGGCUUUAUCAGGUGUCUGUUGGGCAGUGCAUGAAGGUGGUUGAGCCGUUCAGCCUCAAAGGAUAUGUGACCAUGGCGAUUUGUGAUGGCUCCCUCCCUCAACAGUGGCGUUUGGAGAGCUGAAUAAAAGCAAAGACUCGUUUCUUCUAUAGCCUUUAGCUGAACUGAAUUAGGACCUGAAGCUCAGAUUGAUAUUUUUGACAUUCAGCACUUAAAGCAAAUAUUUCUAAUGAUGGAACAGAAACUGUAACUAUCACGUUUUACUCUCUACACAAGCAGAAGUGCAAUUACGUUCUUUCUCUGGCAUCUGGAAAAUAUUCUAAAUAAUAUUUAGAACAAUAAUGUGAUUUAAUUAGUGAAGAAAUGCAACUAAAGCAUACACAUCCUUAUUGUCAGAAAUGUACUCUGUUUUGCUGUUAUUUCUUGCACAAAUAUCAUGGUACUAUACUUUCAUUUGGCGAAUGGCUGAAUUAUUUUAAUUGGUCUUUCAUCAUAGUCCUUUGUGUAUUUCAUUUUAGUCCAGUUAAUUUAAUAUUGCAUAAUUGCAAUUUUAUCUGUCCUUUGUCUUGCAGUAUUUAAAAUAGUUACUGUAAUUUAAUUUUGAUGACUGGCCAGUAUCCAAACUUAUGCAAAUAGACAUCUCCUCAGGCAGCAGGACUUCCCCACCUCUUUCCAUAGUGUGCUCUGAUCAUCUCCUCUGGGUAAGGGCAUCCUUUUACAGACCUAGAAAUGGAUGUGGCUCCAGAUUAUGGCCAGAACUGGAUAGGGCAAAGUCGAAUGGAAGGUACCUUUGGCUGUGGCUUGCAUGAAACUAGGAUUUUAAAAGAAAAAUAUGACACUUUAUUGUCUGGUCUCUGUUGCCAUGCAGUGAGGUUAGCAGAAACAGGUGUAUGCUAUAUAUGUUUAAAAUGGCUAUGAAGAUGUAAGAUAUAUAUAUGUAUGUAAAUAAACUGCAAGAAACUUGAA